UCCAAGUCCGGCCCGCGUCCAUGGCGUUUCUGACCGCCUGGAAGGGGGCGGCCUCCGGGAAGAGCGACCGCAGCAGGACUUCUGUGAGCAGCCUCCAUGAGGCCCUGGACCAGUGCAUGAUCGCCCUGGACCUCUUCCUCACCAACCAGUUCUCAGAAGCACUCAGCUACCUCAAGCCCAGAACCAAGGAGAGCAUGUAUCACUCGCUGACGUAUGCCACCAUCCUGGAGAUGCAGGCCAUGAUGACUUUUGACCCUCAGGACAUCCUUCUGGCUGGCAACAUGAUGAAGGAGGCACAGACGCUGUGUCAGAGGCACCGGAAGAAGUCCUCUGUAACAGAUUCCUUUAGCAACCUGGUUCACCGCCCCACGAUGGACCAGUUCACAGAAGAGGAAAUCCAUGCUGAGGUCUGCUAUGCGGAAUGCCUGCUACAGAGAGCAGCUCUGACCUUCCUGCAGGAUGAGAACAUGGUGAGCUUCAUCAAGGGCGGCAUCAAAGUUCGAAACAGCUACCAGACCUACAAGGAGCUGGACAGCCUUGUGCAGUCCUCACAUUACUGCAAGGGAGAGAACCACAGACACUUUGAAGGAGGUGUGAAGCUUGGUGUGGGAGCCUUCAACCUGACGCUGUCCAUGCUUCCUAACAGGAUCCUGCGGCUGUUGGAGUUUGUGGGAUUUUCAGGAAACAAGGACUACGGACUGCUGCAGCUGGAGGAGGGCGCCUCAGGGCACAGCUUCCGCGCUGUGCUCUGUGUCAUGCUGCUGCUCUGCUACCACACCUUCCUCACCUUCGUGCUCGGUACCGGGAACGUCAACAUCGAGGAAGCAGAGAAGCUCUUGAAGCCCUACCUGAAGCGAUAUCCUAAGGGUGCCAUCUUCCUGUUCUUCGCGGGGCGGAUUGAAGCCAUUAAGGGCAAUGUUGACACAGCCAUCCAGCGGUUCGAGGAGUGCUGUGAGGCCCAGCAGCACUGGAAGCAGUUCCACCACAUGUGCUACUGGGAGCUGAUGUGGUGCUUCACGUACAAGGGCCAGUGGAAGAUGGCCUACUUCUAUGCCGACCUGCUCAGCAAGGAAAACUCCUGGUCCAAGGCCACCUACAUAUACAUGAAGGCCGCCUACCUCAGCAUGUUUGGAAAAGAGGAUUACAAGCCGUUUGGGGAUGAUGAAGUGGAGUUGUUCAGAGCAGUGCCUGGCCUGAAGCUCAAGAUUGCGGGGAAAUCUCUACCUACAGAGAAGUUUGCUAUCCGGAAGUCCAGACGCUACCUCUCCCCCAAACCGAUCUCGUUGCCAAUCCCUGCUCUGGAAAUGAUGUACAUUUGGAAUGGCUAUGCUGUGAUUGGGAAGCAGCCGGAACUCACAGACGGGAUACUUGGGAUUAUCACCAAGGCUGAAGAGAUGCUGAAAAAGGGCCCAGAGAAUGAGUACUCAGUGGAUGAUGAGUGUUUGGUGAAGUUGCUGAAAGGCCUCUGUCUGAAAUACCUAGGCCGUGUCCAGGAAGCUGAGGAGAAUUUCAGGAGCAUCUCUUUCAAUGAAAAGAAGAUUAAAUAUGAUCACUACUUGAUACCAAAUGCCCUGCUGGAGCUGGCCCUACUGUUUAUGGAGCAAGGCAGAAAUGAAGAGGCUGUCAAACUCUUGGAAACUGCCAAGCAAAACUACAAGAAUUACUCCAUGGAGUCAAGGACACAUUUUAGAAUCCAGGCAGCCAUACUCCAAGCCAAGUCUUCCCUAGAGAAUGGCAACAGAUCCAUGGUCUCAUCAGUGUCCUUGUAGUUUUCUGCAGCACUCCAGGCUGGAAGACAGAAACAGCUGGACAGAGCUCCUGGAAACAUUUCAAAAAGAUCCCCUCCCCUGCCUUUGGGGUCCACCGGUGCUCCAGUGGGAUAGCAUGACAUAGGUAUCCAUGCAGAAGGAAAGCCGGCAUUUUCACCAGUGUGGCCAAGGGCCUUUACCAAGGACGGAGCAGGUGGAGUCCUCUGCCUGCCCUGUCACACAUACGGGUACUUGUUUUUCACUGUGAUGUUUAAGAGAAUGUAUGACCAGUUUACAUUUUCCUUAGAAAUAUUAAUGGGAUCACAGUUGGCUUUAAAAAAACAAAAAACAAAAAAACCCACUACCUGUAAAUCUUUGUUUUAACCCAUACUAAUCUGGAGGUAAAUCUAUAUAUGAUGCUUUUCAAAAUUCAGCAAUGUCUCAGCUUCCAGGGCCAGAAGGACCAUUAAGGCUUCUGAAGGUUGGGCAUAGAUGUUGCACACUGACGCCCACUACCUUACUUCUUACACUUCAUUUUCACUCCCUUAGUAACUUUCCAAUUUAAAAAAUGAAAUGAAAAUUAUUUCACUAGAAAGACAUGUGAAUCCAUCUGUAGGAAAAAAAAAAUCUUUACCAAUAAGGAAUGGGAGUUGCUGAGGCCUGACAGAAGGGGAGCUGUGUGGCCCUUUCUGUGCUAAAGCCAAGAAGUUGGUCGGGGCAGGUUCUCAGACACCAAUCUGCAUCCUCAGUGUAUGCCAAACAAACAGCUGGGAAUAAUUUACAAAACAAAAAUCUUCUGUACUUCACUACGAGGUACAUUCAUUUACUGACAGCAUUUGUCUUAGAAUGGUUAUUCCUGGCCCGUUGUGUAUGUUUUAGAUUUUUCAGUUAAGAGAAAAGAGAUAUUUAAUAAAACUUAUACACUUAAGAGAUCAUGCAACAUCUAUUUCAGUAAAAUAUGUGUUGCCUGAAUUCUUGGGCAAGGCAGAAAAGUCUGGAUCAGAAGCCAUAUGGCCCAGGUAUGUUUUAUUUAGACAACACAAUGCCUUAAAUGUUUUUAAAAUAACAUUUAAAAAUGGGGAUAUGUCACAAAUCUGGUUUCUGGCCUCUUAUUUAAAAAAGAGAAUCCAAUCUGGCAACAUUGGGCUCAUCCCUAUAAGACAACAAGGCAACAAUCAAGUUGGAGCGGAGUAGAGGCUGCUCUCCACACUUAUAUUAACCUUCUGUCCCUGAAAAGCAUCUGAAUUUGCAAACUCUGGGACUGUUACAGCGAGAACUCAAGUUCAGUGACUAGACACCAAGCUUUACCAUUCAUAAGCUAAUGACAGCAUACUUCAACUUAAACCAUUUCCCUGGUGGAAAAAAAUCACGUACACGGUAAAAAUAUUCAUGAGUGAAAUGUGACUCCUCAAAUACAUGAAUGCAAUUUCUGUAAGGGAAGAACCACAGUUUCUCCAAUCUUCCAGCAUUGCUGGAUUUUUAGCAAACACUUCUGAACAUUUGCCAGGGGCUGGGUAGAUUAUUAACAUAGUCAACCAGCCUUCUGUGACUAAUAAUGAAGUCAUAGGUUUUAAGUAAAGCAAAUUCUCAUUAGGAAAACAGCAGAAAACCCUCAGUCAGGAUCCUCUUUUGCAUUUAGUACUGUCAGAGCAGAAAUGCUAUGAAAAAAAAAAUUUCUCAUUUUGUUAGAACUAGACACAAGAAUGCUCUCCACUGAGAGCAAACCCUCUGCAAGCUUGCUCUCCAAAGCCUGGAUUCUUGGAGACCAGCCUGUUUCUAGGUUGUUGGGCAGGGCAGGGUGAGAGGAAUGACUAGAACCAGGCUGCUGAAUGAGGGUGGCCUUUUGUGGUUCCUUCACAUAUUGGAACACUAAUACCUACUGCUGUAUAAAAAAAACAGGGCACUGGUCACAGGAUACCAAGCACAACUUGCAAAACUGCAGUUAACAAAAAACUUUUCUUUAAACAUUCAUUUUAGGCACUUUUAUUUUUAAAAAUUUAUGCUAGGAUGGUUUCCUUGUCAAUGUUAUUACUGAUUUCCUGUUGGGCUUCAUUAAUUAACCAAUGUUACCUUACCUCUGUCUGCUGCCAUGGCUACAGUCUGGCUGGUAAGAGAAAUCAGUGGGGUUUUGUCUCCUUUAUCCCACCUGCAGCUUAUGAGAUAGUCAUAUUAAAAACAUGUUUGUGAAGUUGGGUGAAAAUGUCAGGUGUCUAACACCAUAUCCUUGUGUGGAAGCUUUGAAGGUGAAAAUUCUCUCCUGGGCUUCUUGUUCUAUCUUCUUUCAGCCAUUUCUGGUUGUUAAUUCUCUAAUAGUGCAGAGCUUUCCAGCUCUUAUGCCCUAGAGAGGGAACUAUCCGGUGGACAAUUCUGGCCUAGAAGUAAGGAGACCUGAAAUCUAGUCCCUGCUUUGUUACUAAUUUUCAGAGUGACCUUGGGAAAGCCAUGGACCCUCAAAAAAUUAGUAAUUUGCACUAGAUUAAGGCUCUUUCCUGCUGUCAAUGGUUCUAACUCUGGUCAAGUAUAUUUUUGGAUUUUCAUAUCCAAAGUGAGACAAGAGAUAUAUACCUCCCUACCUUUUGCCAAUGCCUUAUAUCCACUCAACCAGAAAUGAUAGGCUUUCUCAAUCAAAGGCCUCUAUAGUAGCCCAGCACACUUGGAAAGCAAAUAAUCUUCAUUUGGGGAAAGUCUAAAUCCUGUUACACAGAGGAACUCCACCAUUAGGAAGUAGCAACUGUGUACCAUGAUCUAAACAGGCCCUCAGCAAUGGAAAGUCUACCUCUGCCUCUCAGUGGUCACAGGCCCUUGGACUCACAGGGUGGCUGCCAGCAGUGUGCUGGUCCCUAUCAGCUCUCCCAUGUGUUGGCAGGAUUCCCUACUCCUUAUCUCUCAAGUCAGAAUGGGAGUAUUUCCAAGACAGCUUUCGUCAUUGACAGCAAAAAGUCAUAAGCUGACAGCUAAAGCAGGACCCUAAGAGGCCAAUGCCAACACAAGACUUGGCUGAGGCCCAGGUGAAAGAGUUCCAGCAACUGAAGAACGACACCAGGUGGUUUUCAGAAAGCCUCAGCCUGCUGAGUGCUAGAAUCAUGAAGAAAAACAAAUCCAGGGAGACUUUUCUCUGGAGUUACUCCCAAAUUUUUCUUCUAAGAUGAUGAGGACUUUUUCUUUGCUUCAAAUUUAAAGCCUAACUGUGAGCCUUUCAACAACUGUUUCCUUAUGUCUCUAGCACCAUCAUACGAAUUCACUAAUAAACGAGAGGUGCUUAGAUUCUGAAAACCAAGCAAAAUGGGAACUUCUCAUACACACCUCAGAUGCAGUUUUCCAAGGCUGGAAAAUGCCUUUUUGCUUUGGUUAGCAUUAGCUCUUUUGAAAUCUAGUGCAAAGUCCAUCACUGCCCAACAGGUUAAGUCCAUAAACAAGGAACCUCAUUUCGGGGCUUGAAAAAUCCAUUUCUAAAUGAGGAAUGUAUGAAUUGUUUCUACUAUAUAAAGCCAACUGUUAAGUAACAAAAUAUAACAGAGCCCUUCUUUUGGGAAGACAAUUACUAAACGUUCCUUUGGACUUCUAAAAAGCUGACAUUCAAGUUUAAUCAGACACAUCACAGCUAACACCUCACAAAUAACUGGAUUGGAUUUUUUCGACACAUCAUUAGCAAAUCGUUCAGAAAACCACAUACCAUAUGCUUUGGGUGGAAAAAUAAUAGCUAAUAUUAAGUGCUCACUAUUUACCUCUUGCUAGUCUAAGCAUUUUACAUGUAUGUAAUUCUCAUAACCAUCCUAUGAAGUAGGGACUAUUACAGAUGAGAAAACUGAGACACAGGUUAAAUAACUUGCCUAAGAUCACACAGCUAUUAUGCAGCAGAAAGAUUUAAAGCCAGGCAGCUGAAUUCUAAAGCCCAUCCUUUGCUAAACUGCUGGUCAAACCGUAAAAUUAUCAGGUUAAAGUUGGAUCUGACUUAUAUUGACCUCUGGGCCACUCACUAUCAAGGAUGGAAAGGUUACUGGCUAAUAGCUCAAACACCAGAAAUCCUUGGCUUGGAACACAUGGAGCAUUUUUGUCUGUGUGGCAUGGUUCUGGAAUUGGCAAAAUGUAGCCUAUUUCCACACCUCUAGAAUAGACAGUGCUGGAGGCGAAUCUCAAUGUCUUUUUGAUAGCAUAAUCCAGGCUUCCCAAUUCACACAAUGUCUAAGACUUGCUUUUAGAUCCUAAAUGACAGAGUGAACUCUUAUGAGGCCUCCCCGAGAAAAGCUGGGCUCAUUACUUUUGCGAAGCCAACCAAAUCUUAUAAGCAUUCAGCAUUCACCACUAGGACCAGACUCUUGAGGCAAACCCUCAGUUACCUUUUUCAACUUCUUUUUCUCAGGGACAAGAAAUUUGGAGCCUACAAGCACUGAUGUUAUAGAAGGGAUCCGAACCAUACAGGUGUUGCUCCUCCUUUGAUCACAAUUAGUUUUAGAUGCUUAAAGUCUAUACCUUAUUGAUAAUGCUGCUUCAUUCAUACGCAGACAAAAACAAAUUUCUGUGGAGGCAUCCAAAGAUGACUAAAUCUUCCAGUGGACAGAAACUUAAAAAAAAAUGUAAAGGACAGUUAUCUCUCCUAAAGUUGCCUUGAAAACUUUAUGAAAACAGUAAAUGGUUUUAGUCUGUCAGCAACAUUUAUCAGAUGGAUCCAGCCGUUGUCCUGAGCUAAUGCCUACUGCUCAGAGUGAUAAAGCAAACAAGAACAAUGUGGACAAUUAAAACAUGCAGAUAAAUCCAAAUCCCUUUUGUACAGUUUUGCUGAAGCCCCUAACAAAAAUUUUAUGGAUCAGGAAAUGGGUUGUAAAGGGACUUGUGGAUUUUGUUUCCAUGUUAAAAAGCAAGGAAAUAGCAAAAGGUAAAAUGGAAAAGCAAAGUCUGGAUAUUCGUAUCUGGAAAAUCAACCUCUGAAUAAUCAAUGAGCACCCAGUCGUGCUGUUAUUUUUUAAACUACCACUAUAUAAUUUAUAAAAGGACUGGGUAGAAUUAAGUGGGCUAAUCAUUUUUGUGGGAUGUUUUUUGAGACCUACAGGCUCUCAGAAAACAAAUUACAAAGUAUAUAUUAAGUUAAUAUUGCCAAAUACAUGUGCCUCGCCCAUUUAUUAACAUCUGUAUGUCAUUUUAAUAUAAACCUUAAUGUGUUGUAAUGUAACUCCCAGGAGCUUAAAAAAAGAGGCUCUUUUUCUCUAGUAAAAAUACUUAAUGUGCUGAGCUAAUAAACAGCCCAGUUAACUUUCCCUAAAUACAUAAAAUUAACUUACUAUAUCUUUCAAACCACUUAGAAAAAGUACUAUUUUAAGAUAUUUAUAUUAUACAAUCAAACAUUUACAGUUACUCCAUUAAAUUCUUGUUUCACUUGAAUUACCACACAUGAAAGCCAUAAAUCUGAAUUGUGAGCAUUAAACCACUGACUAACCAUAGGCAAAUACAUGUUUUCACCUACAGAACUGAGAAAAAAAUUUUUUCAGAGACCAUUUUUAAUGGCUCUCAGGAAAAUCUCAUUUAAUAGUAGGUCAAUCAGUAAUUACAUUCAAUGCAACAAUGAAAAUUUAAUAGUUGGACAUUUUUACUCUAUACUUUAACGAGCAUUUAUUAAUAAGCACCUAGGUUUUGCGUACACCUUUAAGGAAAAAAAUGUAUUUAAAGAGAUGAAUGGGUAGAUCCAAUCUUUAAACGGGCAGACUAGCCUAUACUUAUGGAUUCAUUUCUGAAGGGAGCAGGAACAUAGCCUUCAUGAAUAGAAGAGGCAUGAAAUUGACGGAAACGAGACCUCAAUGGCCAAAUAUUUAGGAACUGAGACUUAGAGGGAAGAAAUUAGAAGGAAUUCAACUAAGUCCCCAAAGGGUUAAUAUAACAUAGGAAGAGACAGCUCAGGACACUGAUGGCUCUUAUGCCCAUACUUCCCAUGAUGGAGACAUCCAGAAUGGCCUGUGUCUUAGGGAAGUGUUGUUGAGUGUAAGAUUAGCGCAGAGGAGCUGCAUAGAGGGUACAGAAGGAGGGAUUAUAAACUCUCUUCUCUGACUUUCUCCCAUCCAGGAAAAGAGUAGCUGAUCUUUACUUUCAGUGAGAAAUUUAAAAGUACGUGAGGAGAUACUACUAACCAAUCCAACUUUUAUGUCCACAGUUUCAAAAUUAAAGGCUUACAAAAUUACUUGAGGUUACUACAGUGGCUGCAAGUGUAACCUCAGUUGGCUCUGAGAAACUGCUAGGCAAUGCCUUUAAGCAGAGGUAACCACCGAACUGCCUACAUUUCUGAAUCAUGCCAAAGAAACUUACCUUCAUUACUGUUUACCAUUUCAGUCUCAGAAGUACACAGGCAGGUCUGCUUUUUUAAAAAUGCAUCUUUACUUACGACGAAGCUUUGUAUGCAAAGAAUGUUUUAACACAAUGCUCACUGUAUUCUAUAAAAUCAUAUUGGCUUAUAUUACGCAGGGGACACUAACAGUAGGGGCAAUCUUCUCCUGGUUUAAGAAAUUCCCUAUAAAGAACACUCAGAGGGGGCGCCUGGGUGGCUCAGUCGUUAAGCGCCUGCCUUUGGGUCAGGUCAUGA